UCUCUUGGAGAGGCUCCGCGUGAGCUCAUGGAAAUGCCUUCUGCACUGAGCCUGGGGCUGCUGCGAGAGAUUCUUUGCCAGUACUUAAAAAAUGCCUUCAGCAUCCACAGAAAUGCAAACUGGAGCAGUUACAGGGAAAAUGAGUCAAAGCCGAAAUGCCAGAAAGGUGUACACUGCUCCUGACAAAGCCUGAAAUGUUUGGUUCGUGACGUGAACCUUCCGCCGUGACGUCUGCGUUACAGAUUUGCAGCACAUAAAGCAACUUUCAGUGUUGUGCCCGCUCACUCAACUCAGGUGCUGCUCGUUCGGAAGGGAAUUAAUUCAUUUAAACGGGGGAAUACGCAUCCCCCCCACGGCCUGGCACCGGGAUUCCCUGUGUCCCCAUGCGCUGGUGUGCAUAGCGGUGCUGUACUUACAGCUCACCUCUUCCAGUCACCCGUCCUACACACGGGACAACAACAUCUGCCCUUCCCCAUGGCCCUGACGUCACCCGUGAUCCCUCAGCUGUCAGGCUUCUCCGUGCUCUGGAAGGCAAAAAGCGCCAUGUCCAGCAUCACAGACCUUUCCUGACGAACAGGGUACAGCCUGCGGCUUCGUCCACUAAGCCAGCGGAAAACCUCCCAUGUUUUCUCACGGCAAAUUCCAACUUUCCACUAACAAGUCAAAAGCCAAAAAUUUUCCAGAUGGAAGAUCAGGAAAGUAAAAAUAAAAAAAUCCCUAUUGAUCGACCAUGUUUCCAGCGCUGCCGUUCGCACCCCUCUGCUCCAGCACCCUGUUGGGGACCUGGAUGUGGGACUGGGCAUGGGGACUCCUGCACCUCUUUGGGAUUUCCCGCUGCCACUAGAGACUCCUUUGGGGCACAUCACUCAGCAUCACGGUAUUCCAGGUAUCCUUAUCCCGGGACUUCAUCUGACUAACAUUAGGUAACAGCGUACUUGAACAUGACCUUUAGAAGAACCAAUUAGAUAAUGGCCGCUGCAUAUGCAAAGAGCUAAGCUGACAUUGCAUCAAGGGAGAUGCUAAUUGCGGCUGAUUAAUCCAACAGCAAGUGCCAGAAAAAAUACACACACAGAAGUGGCACUCAGAGCUCAGCUAUUAAUUCCCAUGGGAUGCUUCACUGCCAAGGCAGCUUCGCCGCAUAUAAAAGCUUUCAACCACAGCGCUGUCCUCGGGACUCGGACUUCUGCUCAUCCCAUCCAACACCAGUCACCGGGGCUUGGACGUCUCUGCACAGGAUGCAGCACAGCAAAGGCGACAGCGGCCAGGACUCAUGCGGCAGCGGCUCCGUCUGCAGCGAGAAGGGCUGGACAUGGCACGAUUGCCCCAGUAGCUGUCACAAAAGCCCCAUGAGCAGUCCUUGCCACAACCCUGGCAGCCUCAGCCACGACAGCGAGGGGUCCUGCCAGCCCGUGCCACAAGGGUGCCAGCCCGUGCCACAAGGGUGCCAGCCCACCAAGCCGUGCCCACCCCAGAGCUGCUGCCCAUCCCAGCAAAACAAGCCCCGGCGGCGGGUGGAGGUGAGCCACGUGCAGCCCGUCUGCCCCCCACCCAUGAAAAUCCGCCGCCGGCCUCUGCAGCAGUACCGCCCCCCCCACAGCGAGGAGCCGGGAUGCUGCGACAAGCCGUGCAGACGAGUGGAGCAGGAGACCUGCCCACCCAUGGCACCGCAUCCCCCGCCGCUGCAGCAUUGCCGCCCCUGCAUCCCCUGCUGCCGCCCGCCCGUCCGGUGCCGCUGCCGCCCACCCGCCCAGCACCGCUGCCCAGCUCCCAGGCCCCUGCCGCUGCAUCCCAGCCAGCAACAGCAAAAGCAGGUCCCUCUCCUGCCACCCUGCCUGCAGGUGAAGUGAGAAUGGGCCAGCGAGGCGCUGGGGUGUCUCUCCAGCACACGCCUGCACAUCGCUCAGCGCAGGGGAUGCUUCGCUCCUCACCCAAACUGCCGGGGCUCCCACGGCCACUUUCCGCGCGACGCGACGCCCCCACAGCUGACUGCUAGUCGCUGCUCUUUGCACCCCGGAUUCGAGGUCUGCAGUCCCCUGCUUGACCCCAGCACUGACACUUUACAUCCCCUGGGUCUUCCCCUGCCAAGGAACAGGCUUCAAUCAUCCAAAACUCAUCUCCCUCGGGGUAGGCCAGGUGGGUGUCCCCUCUUCCAAGAAGGUGAGCAGCCUGGGGAUGGAUAAGCUGGAUGGAAAGAGCCAGAGCAAGGAUGGACAAACAACUUCUUCCAUGGGUUCAGUGGACUGUGGUUUCCAGGUUGUUCAAAGGACUGUACUGGGAAAAAACGUACAGACUGUGACUGCGGGAGCAUCAAGGGCUCCUACAAUCUUAUUUUCUCCCUGUGUGUUCAAGAAUAAAAUUUGAAAAAGUUUAGCUGA